AUACUUGGUCCUCUUUGAAGUUCAGCAGUCAGAACCUGAUUCCUCUCACGUUCUUGGUGUUCGAUCAGCACCUAGCAUCUUUCUUCGGAGUUUGACAACCAGGCAGUCCUCCGCCUGGUGUUUGAUCAGCAGCAGCCAACUGUAAGUUCGAAACACAGACCCUAGCUUCUCUCUUGGAGGUUCUACAACCAGAGGUUCUUGGUGUUUGAUCAACAGCAGAGAAAUACCAAGCUGCCCGCUAGAUAACUUUUACUGGCGACCGUUUUCGCCGCUGAAACUUGGGAACGUCGAUAAUAGAUGCGCAGUACGAUAGUCGGGGGCUGUCGCUACGGAUUUGCAGCUACAUUCUGCGAAGUGUCACAAUGCUGAAACUAUGGCCGACGUCCUCUCUCAGUCGCCUCAACUUGCUCUCUCUCCCAAAUUCCACCACUCUAAGACCUUGCAUUGUUCUCAUCCCUCGCGGACCUCUCUUUCCCCCAUUCUCAAACCCUAGGCGAUUCACAAGACCUCUCUCCGCUCUUUCUGCAGACCCCCAAACCUAUAAUUCUCCGAAGACCUUCAAUGCCGAUCUUGAACCCUACCUGUCAUGCUCCAUGCCACAUAAGUGCCUUAAAGUUGCAGUUCUUCUCAGCGGCGGUGUCGAUAGCAGCGUCGCUCUUCGUCUCCUCCACGCUGCGGGCCAUUCCUGCACCGCCUUCUACCUUAAGAUAUGGUUCCAAGAAGACUUCGAAAACUUCUGGUCAGAGUGCCCGUGGGAAGAAGAUUUGAAGUAUGCCAAAUCUGUGUGUGAUCAGGUUGAUGUACCAUUAGAAGUUGUGCAUUUGACAGAUGAAUAUUGGAAGAAUGUGGUUUCCUACAUUAUUGAGGAGUAUCGAUGUGGCCGUACUCCUAACCCAGAUGUUCUCUGCAAUACACGAAUAAAGUUUGGAGCAUUCAUGGAUGCUAUCAGCACUAUGGGAUUUGACUAUAUUGCUUCUGGACAUUAUGCAAAUGUUAUUCACUCAUUCACAACAGAUGGGCCAUCUGUUCUAGAACUGUCAAAGGACAUGGUCAAAGAUCAAACCUAUUUCCUUUCGCAUCUCUCCCAGGACCAGCUUAAACAACUUAUUUUCCCUCUUGGAUGCAUCCCAAAGGAUGAAGUCCGCAAACUUGCUACAAAGUUUGAGCUGCCCAAUAAAGACAGAAAGGAUUCACAAGGAAUAUGCUUUCUAGGCAAGAUAAAGUUUAGUGAAUUUGUUGCAAGACACAUUGGGGAGAUGGAAGGUGUCAUGUUGGAAGCAGAGACAGGAGAUUUCCUUGGAAAACACAGGGGAUUUUGGUUCUACACAAUUGGUCAACGCCAAGGUCUACGUCUCCCUGGAGGGCCCUGGUAUGUUGUUGAGAAGGAUGUGAAGAACAAUGUGGUGUUUGUGUCAAGAAACUAUUUCUCAUUAGACAAGAAAAGGCGCUUGUUCCGUGUUGGAUCCUUGAAAUGGCUUAGUGGGUUGCCUCUAAACCAGAUAAAUCAGCUCCAGUGCAAGGUUCGGCAUGGUCCCAGUUUUUACAAUUGCAAUUUGACAAUGGAACUCAGCAAAGAUGGCUGUGAAGAAGUUGCAGUUGUCCAGUUAUCUGAAGAUGAUCAGGGCCUGGCAGCUGGACAGUUUGCGGCCUUCUACCAGGGAAGAACCUGCAUUGGCUCUGGUGUGAUUCUGGAGUCUUGGGACGAUCAGGGUUUCCCUGUUUGUGCAAAAGCUCUUGAACUUGCAAGAAUGGAAGAUAAAUCAGGGCUUGGAAAACCAAUUAAGAUCAAGGUGAAAUCAGAAAAGACAUCCCUCAAGGAAUCUGAUUUGAAAGAUGGCAUUGAGAUUGAAAGGAAAUUGGCUCGUGUACAAAUUCCUCUCACUAAUGAAGGUAGACAGACAUCUAAAGGGGAGCCAAUCUCUAUAUUUAAGCUAACUUGGCUGCAGAAGAUAAGAGAAAAGUGGUUAGAGAUGUUCUAGUGUUUUCAUGAAUUCCAUAGGGAUGCAUAUUUUUCCCCCACUGUUUCCUCGUCUGUUUAGCAGCAAUCUUUGAUGUAUUUCUCUUGUAAUUUUAAUAGGGUAAAUUAACUGAAUUUACGUAUCUUAAUAAUAUGGCAUGGAAUUUAGUUUUAAA